AUGUCCCAUUACAAUGAAGUAACUCCUCGAGCUACAGCUUCUAAGAAAUGGCCAGACUCCUUGGAGGAAUUUGUCAACCGGAGUUUCCAAAGAUCACAAGCUUUGACUGAGAAUGAUAAACUCAUCUUCCAACAACAGAUACAGCAUAUAUUGACCAAAGCAGAGAAAGAGGGUAAAUUGUGGAUUAAUGAUUGGAACCAACAAUUGAUUCCAGCCCUUGAUCAUAAUACCAGCUUAGACUUAAUUUGCGAUGGCAACGAUCAACCUCAAGUUAAAAGACAGUUGAAGGAAGAAUUUGAUUCUGAUUCUAGGAAGAAACAAAGAAUGAGUCGUUUUAACGGUAAUGGUGAAUCCAGUAGAACCCCACCACCAACCGAUAACGACUUAACUAAACCCAUAGUUGGAAGGAGUAAAGAGUUAGAGAAAAGGUAUUACAGGUUAACAUCGGCACCUGAUCCAGACUUGGUGAGGUCCCAAGGUACCUUACAGAAAUCUAUUCAAUUCAUAUUAAAACAGAAGGAAACCAAACCUUAUUCAUAUAUCAAAGAUCAAUUCAAAUCUAUAAGACAAGAUAUGACAGUUCAACACAUAAAGAAUGAUUUUGCCAUGUAUGUGUACGAAACCAAUAGUAGAAUUGCAAUUGAAAAUAAUGAUCUAGGAGAGUUUAAUCAAUGUGUAACACAACUUGAAUACUUUUUCGACGAGAAGAAGAAACGGAAUAAUCAUCUCAAUAGAACAGAGUUAGAAUUCAUAUGUUAUAGACUUAUUUACUUAUUGAUAGUGGAGAAUCAUUCGGAGAUUUUUAAAUUCAGAUUGAAACUAUUGAAAAGAGAAUAUACUCAUCCUGAUGAAUUAGAGAAACUUGAAUUCGUCAACAAUGCUUUCAAACUUCAACAAUACGUGCUAUCGUCAAAUUACUACAAGUUCUUUGAACUUUUGAAAUCCUUUGAAGAUUUAACUCAUGCAUCACUUUUGAUCAAUAAUUUCCUAAUAAAGAAACAAAGAUUGAAAUCAUUGUUCACAAUAAGUAAAAGUUACAGAAUAUUAUCAAUAGAAUUCAUCAUCUCUCAAUUGAAAUUUGAAAAUGUUCAUGAGUUCAUAAAGUUUUUAGGAGAGUAUAAAUUAACCAAAUUCAUCAAAGGUGAUGAUUUUGAUUGUGUAGAAUCAAGAGCAGUGUUCACUCAACUUAUAGCCAAUACCAACUUCAAGAGAAUCGAUAUAAAGGGACAAGUUUAA